CAGACAAGACCUCUAUAAACUAUUGUUUAGUGUACCUGGCGUAUUUAUGUGCUGUAUUAGUGAACCAUUCGACGGUUGGUGGGUGUAACCUGCAGCUAGCUAUAUUAGCGUGGAUCUGUGUGCUUUACCUUCGUGACUGACUUAAGUUCUAAACUGUGUGUGCACAUUGGUGGUGUUUUGAUUACCUGUGGUGCAUGGUCAGCGAUGCCUGUUGCAUCUCAACUGCUCAGGGGUUUGCCCCGUGCCAAGGUCUUUGCCACCAGUCUGUUACCAUGCCAACGCCACCAGUCCCAUAUUGGUUCCAUCCCUGCCCUUCCUGCCCCGAGAGGGUCGUCCCACCUGUGGCUGAGACACCAGGCAGGAAGGUGCUACCAGACGUCCUCUGUGCUCCACAACUACAUCCUGACGCCUCCACAGGUCAACUCCAUUCUGAAAGCCAACGAGUACAGCUUCAAGGUACCAGAGUUUGAUGGGAAAAAUGUGUCAUCUGUAAUGGGUUUUGAAAGCAACCAGCUUCCGGCCAACGCUCCCAUCGAGGAUCGCCGGAGUGCAGCUACUUGCCUCCAGACACGGGGAAUGCUCCUGGGCGUGUUUGAUGGACAUGCCGGCUGUGCCUGCGCCCAGGCGCUGAGUGAGAGGCUGUUUUACUACAUAGCAGUUUCACUGCUCCCCCAUGACACCCUGUGUGAGCUGGAGGCUGCAGUGGAGGCCGGCAGAGCCCUCAGUCCCAUCCUGCAGUGGUGCAAACACCCAAAUGAUUACUUCAGCCGGGAGGCUCAGCGUCUCUACUUUAACAGCCUGAGAACGUACUGGCAGGAGCUCAUUGACCUAACCAGCCCAGGCGAGGUUCCAGACACUCGUGAGGCCCUCCUGAACGCCUUCAAGAGGCUUGACAGCGACAUUUCACUGGAAGCUCAGGUUGGAGACUCAAGUGCGUUUCUUCACUACUGGGUUCUGAGGGUGGCGUUUUCUGGAGCUACAGCCUGCGUGGCUCACAUCGAUGGACCAGAUCUCUUUAUAGCCAAUGCAGGAGAUGCUCGGGCUGUGUUGGGGGUGCAGGAGGAGGAUGGUUCAUUCAGCGCUCUCACACUAUCUAAUGACCACAACGCCCAGAACGAGACGGAGGUUGCCCGGAUACGAGGCGAGCACCCUCAUUCUGAGAGGAAGACUGUUAUUCGUCAGGACAGAUUGCUCAGCCUGCUCAUGCCAUUCCGCGCGUUCGGGGACGUUAAGUUCAAGUGGAGCAUCGAACUGCAGAAGCGUGUGCUGGAGUCUGGACCCGAUCAGCUCCACGAGAACGAGCACACAAAGUUCAUCCCUCCCAACUACCACACGCCACCCUACUUGACUGCUGAGCCAGAGAUCACGUACCACAGACUGCGACCACAAGACCGCUUCUUGGUGAUCGGCUCAGACGGCCUCUGGGAGACCCUCCACCGGCAGGAAGUGAUCCGCAUUGUUGGCGAGUAUUUAACAGGGGUUCACCAGCGUCAGCCGCUCAAAGUGGGAGGCUACAAAGUAACUCUGGGACAGAUGCAGGGUCUGCUUGAGGAGCGAAAGGCCCGUAUGUCCUCGGCCUUCGAGGACCAGAACUCUGCGACACACCUGAUGCGGCACGCAGUGGGAAACAACGAGUUUGGCACGGUGGACCACGAGAGGCUGUCAAAAAUGCUGUCACUGCCCGAGGAGCUGGCUCGCAUGUACCGCGACGACAUCACUAUCAUCGUCACUCAGUUCAACCCUCACGUGAUCGGAGUGCAGAGACAGGAGGAGCAGCCCUGAGCUGCUCAGAAGUUAUUCUCUGGUUUUUCUAUUGACUGUUUCAACCGUGUGCCACAGACUGAAUAACCGAGCACACGACAUGGACAAACUGUCCAUAUGGUAUAUCUGUCCAGCUAUUUUUAACUCUAUUUAUGGUAUGUUAAUGCAGCAACACAAACCUUGAGUUUUUUAUGCUUUUAAAAGAUCUCGGUUAAAAAAGGUCAUCAGAUUAACUUGGUGAGGUUUUUUUUUAGCGAUGCCAGCCAUUUUCAUACACACCAGUCACUGUUGAUGAUAUCGCAUGGUUUUAGUCUCACAUUUAAGACCAAAGGAGUCCGGUUUGCUCAAAAGCUGGCCCCGGUGUAAAGAACGAAGCGGUUCUGGUUAGCGGGUACGACUCUGAAUCAGGCAUGGGCUGGUAUCAGAUUCUCUGGGUAACCUUGAGCGAGAACAUCCCAGUUUCAUGGCGUUAUGGUAUUAACACACAAAUUUAAAGCAAUAAUGCUUCACAUGACCUAAUUACGGAUGCACUGAUCGGACUUUUCCUGGCGGGUACCCCAAUUUUCAGUUUCCUUUGAGGUCUGAGCUUCAGAUUAGCAACAGCAACAAUUAUUUACACUGCUGCUAAAAUCAUAUAACUCUAUUACAGUAAAUAUAUUAUCUUAAAUAUUUAUUAAUGGUUUUAAACACUAGUUUUCUAGGUUUCUUCUGGCCAGAUUUUUCACCCUCUCAACAGAGUGACUCAGAGUAUAACAAGCUAAAGUUAACCAGUUAUUCAGUGCGCUGUAAGACACAUUGCUCAUAGCUUACUAGCUGUAGUUUUAAAACUGUCGUGUCUUGAUUGUAAGUGAUGUUUAGCAGAAUAUAGUUGCUUUCUUUCAGCCAGCUGACCAGCUUUAGCAGCAAAAGGUGGGGGAGGGCCAGCGCUCCGUUAUUUUAAGCUCCUUACAGUCUGUUAAACCUUGGUCACUCCAGCACCUUCUCUGGCAUCUCAUUAAGAAGACUUUAAACCACGGGAAGGAUAUAGUGGAAUGUCUUUGCAGUUUUAAAACCAGAACUUUUAAAUCCUUGGUUUACCUUGGACGGAUCAAAGGGCUGCCGGUAACCGGUCCAUGCCUGCUUUAUUGGUUUAAAGCUUGUAAAGGUUGUUGUAUAUUGAUGGGGCUGUGUGUGCUGCAGCUCUUUAGAAGGAAAUUAUAUGUUCAGGUUGCUGAUUUCCAGGCUCAGAAGGAGGAGGAUUUGGAUCCUGUGAGCUUUUCCUUCAAACUGAUGGGUCACAGAUUGAGUAUUAGAAGCUAGGAGACGUUGCACAAAAAUACUUACAUUUUAUGUCAAACAUUGAUAUUCACAUAAUCUGAAGAGAGUAAAGUAGCAAAUUAUUAAAUUUGUAUCAUUUACAUCUGAAAUUCAUAACUGGAGCUUUAUUUUGUCUGAUUUCUCUGCUUGGACAUGCACUGAUGUGGGGACUUGUUUCCCUGUGUGAUGUAAGAGCCCUUAGACUGAAGUGACGGAGUCUGUUCAUGAAACUGGAAGCAGAUACAGUCACUGAACUCUACUCCACACCUUCUUUUCUAAAUAUAGGGGUCAAGAAGCUACAUUUGUCUCUUUUCUGACAGGUCAUUACCUGAUUGUUUUGCUCCUGGAUUUUUUUAUUCAUCACCCGGAGGUAAAGCAGAGCGUUUUUCUUUUACUUGUGAAUCAAAGAUUACCGUUGUGUACUAAAUAAGUAUGUAAGCUGGAGGUGUGUUUUUAAAAUGAGGCUGUUUCAACUUUAAAUAUUUAUUCUGCCUCAGCAGUAUGUUACACAUCAUCUCUGUUGUAUGUAUAAGUUUUAACUUAUGGGGGUUGAGUUUCGGAAGUGGAUUAAAACGUUAAACAGA